GUAUACACCUGCGACGGUCGAUUUAGGUCUUAUAGGCAUCAUGGCUGCUUCAAAUGGUAAGAAGCGUGGUCUUGAACAUUUGGACGAAUAUGAGCCCAAACCAGCCAAACAUCUUCGCAGCCUACAUGACCGCAUGGCGGAGAGGCGGCUGGUUGUUAUUCUGGAGGGGGCGUCGUUAGAAACAGUGAAGGUCGGCAAAUCUUUUGAGUUAUUGAACUGCGAUCAACAUAAAACUAUGAUCAUCAAAAGUGGAAGAGAUCCAGGUCACAUAAGACCUGACAUCACGCAUCAGUGUUUGCUGAUGCUGAUGGACAGUCCACUGAACAGAGCAGGCCUGUUACAGGUUUACAUCCACACAGAGAAAAAUGCUUUAAUAGAGAUCAACCCACAAACCCGCAUCCCAAGAACUUUUCCUCGCUUUUGUGGCCUCAUGGUCCAGUUGCUGCACAAGCUAAGUGUCAGAGCUGCUGAUGGUCCUCAGAAGCUUCUUAGGAUGAUAAAAAACCCGGUGUCUGACCACCUUCCUCCAGGCUGUCCCCGCAUUGGCACCUCUUUCUCUGCCGGAGAGGCCGUCUGUCCCCGGACCAUAGUGCCAGAGGGACCAGCUGCUGUGGUGAUUGGAGCAUUUGCACAUGGAGCAGUGAAUGUGGACUACACAGAGAAAACUGUGUCCAUCAGUAACUACCCUCUGUCUGCAGCUCUGACUUGUGCCAAGAUGUGCUCUGCUUUUGAGGAGGUGUGGGGUGUUUUGUGACAGAGUGGUUCAAUUACUGAGGAUUUCCUGACAGAUACGGGAUUAUUUGGACAUUUUUAAAUGGACAAGGAGUGAAUGCUGUCAAAAUAAUGUCUUCAGAGUCUUUUCCACCAGAGAUGCCAUGUGGAUUAAAGGCCGGUAUUUUUGUAUUUUGUUACAUAUGUGUAAAUCGAUUUAAUGGUGUUUGACCGCCAUUUGGUUUAAGCAAGUUUUCAACCCACUCUCCCUUUUCAAGCAAUAGUUUGGCUGUUUUUGUAUUGUUGUCACUUGCACCAACUACUGAUCUAUUGCAGUUAGAUUAAAAUAUAAGAUUAAAUGGGUA